GAAGGGGCUGGAUUGAGAAGGCCAAAAAUGGCCGGGCUGCCAGACGAGGAUGGAGGGCGAGCCCAGGUUGCCAGCUCCAGCGAGGGCCAUCACACAUCCCUGAGCGUCCAUGCACUGAACGUGUUCACUGGCCUUCCUGCCACCGGCUUGGCCGUGCACCUCUCUCAGCUUGAAGCCCCCAACGAGGCCUGGACGGAACUAAUGACCAGCACUACCAGUAUGGACGGGCGCAUGGACAAGAGCGAGCUGGCCUCCCUGCAGCUGGAAAGUGGCACCUACAAGCUGCGCUUUGCCACAGGAGAAUACUGGCAGCAACAGGGCCUCACCAGCUUCUACCCUUACGUGGAAGUUGUCUUUACCAUCACAGAGGCCGAGCGAAAGGUGCACAUCCCACUGCUGUUCAGCCCCUAUUCCUAUGUGACCUACCGAGGGAGCUAGUGCGAGAGCCGGGGCUUCCCUUGGGAUCCUGGGCCACCCAGAGGGGACUGCACCCAAGACCAGCCGUGACGCCAGCUCGGGGUCUUAUCUGAGGAAACACAAGCCUAAUAAAAGGUCUACCUUG